UUGGUUCAAUGACGUAACGCUUAAUACAACAUGACAGGAAGCUGAUCCUCUCUCACUAUUCAAAUAAUUUAAAACAACAAUUUUUAUAUUUUAUUGAUAAAAGGCAGAAUGCAAAAUUAUUGUGAGAGGUAAAGUGAAAAAUAAGUUGGCGCGGUGUUACUGAAAACAGCACAUUUCCAUUUUUGUGUAUGUUUUCAUCACUUUAACCCCAUUUAAAGGACCGAUCGGAUACGGCCUAUACAGCACAGAUGCUUCAGAACUGUCUAUGAAUCCCUCCUAUCUGCCUUUAAGAAGAAAUAAAUAGAAUAAGAACAAGAUCCCCUUAACGUCCAUGAGGACCCUGUAAUAUUCAAUUAUUUUGUUGUCUACCUGAAAAAAAUAAUGAUUGACAGCUUUGACUCUUGUGGUGUGCAGUCCAGCGGGGACCUGUGGGCCCAAAUCUGCUCCACCUUACCUAGCACAAAUAAUGAUGCAGGCUCUACGGAGGAGGUGUUUACAGACUCUUUUCAACCUGAGCCUAUCCUUUCAGUGUGUGAAGGCCAAGUAGAAAAUGGGCACCCACAAACCAGUACAAGUAUGGCUUCGUUUAAUAUGUUUCAGAAUACUUGGGCCCCCAUGCCUGAUUCAGAGGUGUACAUUGCGAGCUUAGAAAAUCGUCUCCGAAGGAUUAAAGGUCAGACACAAGAAGUGACUUCGCAAGGUAUGCUCAGAACAUUGUCCCAGGCCAAAAAAGAAUGCUGGGACAGGUUCCUCCAUGAAGCAGAGGAGUCGCAUCUCUACCAAGAAGGAAAUGAUUUGGACCAAAGUGCUCUGGAACAACUGAGAAGAUGGCUACAGCCUGAGAAGGUGGCCAUCAGUGCAGAAGAAUUGCAGGCUCUCCUUCAACCAGAGCCACCUCAUUUAUGUUUUGAACACCUGGAGCAAAAUGACCAAAAGGAGGAAGGAGGGGAAACAGAUAAAGAAGAGAGCCAGGUGGCUGAGAAAUGAGCCUCUUAAAUUUUCCAGAGACAGAGAGGCCCUGGCUUCAUGCACCUUCUCCCUCUUUAUUGUACAAUGUCAGAUACAGAAGAGAACACUUUCCUGGUCCAGAAGAGCAGUUGUGAAUUAAUGUGUUACUUGAUUUUGUGUAUGAAAGAUAUUUCUUACAGAACAGAUCUUUAUAAGAUGCACACAAAUGGAGAAGAAUUAAUUUCAUUACACCAAGUAGGUUCUUUUGUAGCUGGAUUAAUUUAUAAAAAUAAAAUGAUUGGGAAACAAAUAGGUCUUACUGUAGAGGUUUUGUUUCACAUUGAUUCUUCAGCAUUAUUUAUAAUGUGGUUAGGACACAUUUACAAAAAUUAAGUUAUAAUGCAUAACUUUUCGAAUUUGUGUUUGGAAAUAAUUUAUCAGAGAAAUAAAAUACAUUGAGUUAAGCUGAAUAACGGGAAGCUGGGCUACAUCAGUGAUUCCCAAAUUCUCUUUUAGCACCAUCUAGUGGCUACUGGUCUUUAUUCUAGCAAAUUACUGAGCAAGACCUUGUGCAUUUUAUGUUGCUCAUUUCCAAGAAAUGUAAAAGUUGUUUCAAUUCAGGAUCUAUUUUCUUCUAGUUAUUUUCAUUCAAUUUUUUACUUUUUUGUGAUUUCUUUUGUUAUUGUUUCAUCCAUUUAUUGUAAAUGGCAAAAAUGGAGAAUAGAAUCAUGUUUAUAUCAGUAUGGUGUUAAUUAAAAU